GUUGUGGGAAGAUGGGAGGCGGUGUGCACUUCACAGAGGAACCACCCUCAGCUGGAGCUCCRUCCCACGUUCACUUUGACGAGAAACUUCAUGACUCUGUUGUCAUGGUGACUCUGCAGGACGACGGCAACUUCAUGGUCAAGGUUGGCUUCCUAAAGACGCAGCAUCGUUAUGAAAUAGUGUUCACCCUGCCGGAGGUCCCCGCUCUGGGUAAAGAUGURUGUCCAGCUCCGAUACCUAACCCACACCUAAAGAUCACUGACGUUAAACCAGCACCAGAGGGGGGUCUAAAGGUAACGUGCGAGUACCUGGCCCAGCAGGAGGGGGUCCUGUGCGAGGAGGUGCUGCUGCUGAGCGAGACCAACGACGACGUCUGUGUCCGAGUCAAAGUUCACGCCAGAGUCAUGGAUCGUCACCACGGCACGCCCAUGCUGCUGGAGGGGGUGCGCUGCAUCGGCAUGGACCUGGAGUACGACUCGGAGCAGAGCGACUGGCAGGGCUUUGACUAGACGACACCAGCUGCUCCCGCCCUGCCGCACGGAACCCGUCUGUCAUCGUCCACACAGAGAUAACCUGGAAGCCAACAAACUGUCCGCCGCGCCGCGCCGCCUCACUUCCAGUCCUCACUGCCUCCGAGUUCAGCGCAGGAGCCCCUCACCCGGAGAACAUUAACACGGGAGACAUUCCUUUACUGCAAAACCCAACGGUGGUCGAAACUUUGUCAACAUCUUACCUGACGUAGAUAAAUCUUUGAACCACCUCAGUUUGAAGAAAUGGCUGAAAACCAAGACUCAUACAUCUGUCUGUUAGCAAAACAUCUCAUGAACCACUGCAAGGAUUUUAACAAAACUCUACAACUGAUGAGCUUUUGGAGUCAACAUGGCCGACUCAACACAACUAUAGAUGUAAUUCAGUUGUUUUUACAGAUAUUAAAGUAAAGCGUCAGCUCUACUCUUGUAUUGCUGCAGGCGAUCACGCACAACUUCUCACCAUAAGAUGAUUUUAGCUUAAAAUUCUGGCUUAAAAGCUACCAAUAUUACUUAAAUUAGACCUUAUUUACAAGCAUAUGUGUUGGUAGCAGCAGCUAGCUGUAGCACUACCAGCAGGAAGUUGUUAUCUCUCUUGGAAAAAGCGUGCAUCGCAAAACUGGCAUUGUUAAAUUUAUCAUUAGCUUGUAGUUCUGGCUAGCCAUGAGCUCAUCAACUGUUUUUUUUUUUUAAAUGAAACUGAGGUCGUUCAAAGCGCUAUCUGCAACACGUAAGAUAGUAAUUGUUCAUAACGUUUCCACAGAACCCCACUCCAAACAGUUGUUCAGUGCUGGUCUUUGAGGGCUGCAUGUUCGACCUGUUUCCCUGCUCCAUCACCUGACUCAGUGACCUCUUCAAGUUCUGCAGGUCUGUUAAUCACACAUUUAUUCAAACCAGGUGCGCUGGAGCCGAGGAACAAGUCAAACCUGCAGGAUCGUGGCCCUCCAGGACCAGGAUCGGACUCCUCCAAACUUCCUGUAAUAAUCUGCGUUUUGCCUCCUAAACCUGCAGAGGGCAGCAUCGAGCUGUCGCUCACUUCAGGCCUUUUCUCUGCUUCUGGRUUUAAAGGUGGACAGAAGGGCUGUUCUGUCACAUAAUAAUAAUAAUAAUGAUAAUAAUAAUAAAGUUUAAAUCCGAUCAGUUCGGAGGAAUAAAGCUGAACUGAGCAGAGACUCUUGAUCUGAACAGGAACCAGCCUGACGCUUCUGCACGCUCAGUGUUUGAUGUUAAACAAAUCUUCCAGUUGUACUUUAACCCAUCCUCUCCGUUAAACUGCUCAUGCUUGUUUCUGUUUUCACAGAGAACCUACUUAAGAGGUUAUUGUUUUAGGGUUAAAUGAAGGCGUUUGCAGCUUCUCCACAGGAGGAAACGAGUCGUUUUGCAGGUAGAUGGCAGAAAUCUGUCGCCACGUUUCAGGGUUUUCAAUCAUACAUUUCUCACUUUAACUAUCAGACAUCGACACCAAACGGUGGAUUAAUUUGAGGGAUGUUAGUUUCCUGCUGCUGCGUAUUCUUUCUCAKCUCCCCGUUUUGUUUUUUUACAAAAUUUUACAAUCAAACCAAUAAGUGGAAGCCUAAAUGCAUUGCUGUUGCUUUGACAAAAAGUGUUUUUAUGGUGUUGAAGAUGAAAAUGUUUUGCAUUUCCACAUUUGUCGUGGUCUGAUUUCUGUUUUUCAUUUGUAACGUUAACGGUUCAGAUUUAGCCUGUUUUUAAACGUGUUUUGUUGUUGCACUGGAACUUGCAUCUUGAUUAAUUCACGGUGAUCUCUUUAUUUUUCCUGGUGUAGAACGACCUCCGAUCAGUUGAGCGAAGUUUAGGGAGUAAAACCAUGUUUUUGUUUCAAUUGACAGAAGUGCCUUUCAUUCCAACGUUCAGCUCCUCGCAUUUUUCUCCUUUUUUUCUACACAAACAAAUUACCAGUGAGGAAAAACGCAUUGACGUUGGCUUAUUAUUAUUUUUCUUAUUAGAUAAAAAGCAACAAACUGAGUGUUGUUGCCUUCACAAAUCAAGUGCCAUAAUCUUAUUUACAUUUCCUGUCAGUGAGUCGAGUUUAGUUUUUAUUGUUUUAGAURUUUUUGCUGAAUGUAGUCGCCUUAAACCAAACGGCUGCUCUUCAGUUUAGACACCAGGCUGUGGCUGUACAAGUCUUUGUUGUUUACUUGUAGGUCAGCGUUCUGUUUAUAGUGUUUCAUGAAUGUAGUGGUGUUGAGAUCUGCUCCCUGUGGAUGUAAAGGUUUUUUUUUUGUUUUUGUUUUGUUUUUUUACAAAUCCAAACUUAAUGAAUAAACGAGUUAGUGUGUUUAA